CAUCCUCAGCCACACACAUUCCAGUGUUGGAAGACUACAGGUAUGAAGGAGCCGGAGAAGGAUUGAAAACAAAUGGAAAUGGGAUGAAAAAGAGGGAACAAAAGAGACGAAAGGGGAAACUGUGAAGUGAAGAAAACCAGAACAUACCACCAAUGUGGACAUCAUGGGAGUUGGAUACUUCUGGCUGCUGUUGUUGCUGGUCGACGGCCAUGACUGUGUUACAGGUGCUGUGAAGGGCAUCAGUCCAUACAUAAAGCACUAUGAGGGGUUAUCGUACGACAGGGAGGAUCUUCACAGGAAGCACCUGAGAGCAAAGAGAUCCACACAACCUCAGGACUAUACACUACAGCUGGACUUCACAGCCUUCCAGAGAACUUUCCGUCUACGUUUGAAAAGAAAUACACAAGCGUUCACCCAAAGUUUCACAGUGAUCAGUGAAAAUGGUUCCACGUUGGCUGACCUCUCCCAUUUGUACUCAGGGACACUGGAAGGUGAACAUGGCUCAGCCUGCCACGGGUCUGUGAUACAAGGUCAAUUUGAGGGAUCUAUAGAAACAGCCAAUGGGAGCUAUCAUAUAGAACCAGCCGACAGAUACACCAGCACACCAACAGAUCACCACUCCAUCAUCUACCACGAACAUGACAUGGUCUUGCAAUCUGUGGGAACUGGCCCUGAAGAAUUCUGUGCCACGGAACGUCUAAAACUCCUUGCACGAGACCUCAGACUGAGUGAGGAGGCAGCAUCCAGCCGGUCCAGGAGAACAGUCGAUGAGUCAAAAACCAGCUGUUUGCUCCACUUUCAUGCUGAUUACUUCUACUACAAGAAGUUCAAGUCUGUUGAAGCUGUUGUAGCUCAGGUUGCCUCCUACAUUCGAGCUGUCAAUGACGUCUACGACAAAGUGGACUUCGAUGGAAUCAAGUUAAUCAACUUCAAAGUCAAAUCCCUCAGAGUGAUGAAUGAGGAAGAUAAGAAGGACCCUCUGCAACGUCUGUUCAUCGGGCCUGAGAAGCUGCUGAGUCUUUACUCUGAGAACAAGUGGGAUGACUUCUGUUUGUCCUACCUACUGACCAACAGAGACUACAGCGGCGUGCUGGGGCUCGCCUGGGAGGGCAAGGCCGGUAACUGGGGUGGAAUAUGCUCACGCUACACGACCCUACGUGAUGGUCGCUCCUCCACACUGAACACCGGACUGAUCACAAUUCAGAACUACGGACAGUUCCUGCCGUCUCGACAGGUCCAGCUGACCCUUGCUCAUGAGCUCGGACACAGCCUGGGAUCUCCGCACGAUGAGGGCUCCAACUGUGGGAACCUGGGGUCGACUGGUGGGAAAGGCAGGUACCUGAUGUUCCCUCAUGCCACAGAUGACUUACGAGAGAACAAUGAUAAACUCUCACCCUGCAGCAUCAAAUACAUUAGCAAGAUCCUGAAGCUGAAGAAAGACGACUGCUUUGUGGUCAGUGAUCAGCCCAUCUGUGGAAACCUGAUUGUGGAGGAAGGAGAGGAGUGUGAUGUUGGUCACAAUGACACAGAUCCCUGCUGCUACAGCGCAAAAGAGGAUGUAGGAGUCCAGUGUCGCCUCAAACCGGAUAAACUGUGCAGUCCGAGCCAGGGCCUUUGCUGUGGUCAGGACUGUGGCUUUAAACCAGCAGGUCAGAUCUGUGAUGAGGAAACCGAGUGUCAGAGAGAGAGUGUCUGUUCAGGCCUCUCUCCACUCUGCCCCGAACCGAGCGCCAAAGAAAACCUCACCGUCUGCAGCCACGGCACUCGCGUCUGUCUGAAUGGGAUCUGUGCAGGGUCAGUGUGUUUGAAACACAGCCUGCAGCAGUGUGACUGUCCAGGAGACUCCAUGAGGGAGAAAUGCCACAUGUGCUGCCAGCAGCCCGAUAAACCUGACACCUGUGCCAGCACCACCUCCUCUGUGCUGUCCCGUCAGUUCCAGAGGAAGGCGCUGCCCCUGGUGGGCGGGGCUCCCUGCUUGGGGAAUCAGGGCUACUGCGACAAAUUCCAUGUGUGUCGCCUGCUAGAUGCAGAUGGCCCCAUCGCUAGACUGAAAAACUCUUUUCUCCGACUGGACGAGUAUGAGGACCUGGCAGAGUGGAUGAAGGUUUACUGGUGGGCCAUACUGCUGGCUAUCCUGACCCUCUCUGCGGUGAUGGGCUGCACUGUUUGCCUCUGCAGUCGCACACUGAACACCAGAGACUUGGACUGACCUUUGACUGCUGACCCCUUCCACCUCUAAGAACUCAUGUAUCAUGACAAUGACGCACACACAUUCAUGAGGAUUCAUAUUUCAUUAUCAUAGUUAUUUGUUAUUUGCAGGUGACCGAUGAAGACACGUUUUCAGUUUGGCUCACACUUCAGUGUCAGCCGAUAUAAAUGUGCAUCUGUUUUGUUUUUGUGAGUGACUGUGUCUGUUGACGCUUCAACAAGUGAUGCAUGUGUUGUGGAAAAUAUUGCUGUCAACCGUGGGUCACACAGGCCACAUAGCGUCAUACACUCAAAGUGAUCUGAGGCCACCUGUUGAAACAAGCACUGACAGUGCUGUCUGUUGUUAAUGCCUGCUGUUGAUCCUUGAUGUUGUUGAAAACAUGACCACUAAUGUGAGCCCUGAUACACAUCCAAUUUUCCAGCACAUAGAGGCUGUAUGAACUCUGUAACAGAAAGGUUGAAAGUCACUGGUUAUCUGAACAGGAUGUUUAAUGCAUAAUGUACUUGUAUUCUUAAAAAGCAUAGCCAAUUCAACACAAAGUCACAAGAAAAAUGCAGUGGUGGAAUAUACUUAAGAAUUUUGACUCAAAAACUGUUACUUAACUACUAAUUUUAGGUCAUUGUACUCAAGUAUUUCCAUAUGACUCAAUAUUUUGUACAUCACUGUAUCUCAGGUGUAAAUAUUGUACUUUUAAUUACACUACAUUUAACUGACAGCUUUAUGUCCUUUACAGAUGACCAUAUUUCAUCCCUUCUGGUAUUGAUUUUGAAUGUUUGUGAUGAACUGAAGGAUGAAGUGUUAUUUUGUGGGGUGAGAAAUUGUCCUCCAUCUAAGGCUAAAUAAACUCUUUAAAAACCUUCAUGGAUUUGAUGGAAA